GCCUUGUACCAUGUGACCUCUGUGAUCAUUCACAGAUUUCACAUGUAGUAAGCAAUGAUGUCAGAAGUGACAUCUUGCUUACUACUUUGCAGAGGUCCCGUCCGACGAUCUGUGUUUCACUGUGUCCGGAGGACACAGCGGGCACCGGAUCGUGGUGCUGCGCGCUCCCAGGGAGCACGCACAGCUAGAAAUGGCGGGUGCUGUUUUUAUGAACGGCAACCCGCCCCGGAGUGCCACCGUCCUGCCGUUUUAUAAAAGCAGGCGGACGGCAAGAGGUUAAACAUGG